AUGGGAGAUGAUGAUCAUCCAUAUGGUUUAUUUAAUAGCUACUGGACAAUAAUUGCAACCAGUAUCAUGGUAAUGAUUGUUACUAUCGUUGUUGGAUUCCUAUGUGCCCGUAACACCAGUAAAUCUCAAGAUUCUCAAUUGUCACCAAGCGACAAGGACGUGGAAAAAACUACAGCAAGUGAUACUAGCAGAAAGCAACCCGAAAGCAGUAAUGACAAAACUACAAAGUCCACGGUUACUAGUGAUUCCAUUCCACCUCAAGUAUCAAAACCUAGUUCAAGUUCACAAAGUAGGCCAAAAUUGAAAUCAAAGUCGAAUGCACCAGUUUUAGAAUCUGAUAGAGCAACAGCCACUGCUGCAGUUGACUCACCGCCAGCUAUGACGAGCAAUCAGAAAGAAGCCAAUAAUUCCGAUAAGUCAUCAGUAUUGAAAGAAACAGAUAUUCUGGAUGAUGACUAUCCUACUCAGUCCCCGGCCUCCAAUUCUGAUCAAGAAACAACAAUUUCUGUGUCAACUCAAGACAAAACCAACUCUAUAGAAUCUCCUUACGCAAACGUCAGCUCCACAAUGUCAAAACUGCAGUUCAAAGAUGCUACCCCUAGUGAAAAUACUAGUACCGUUACUAACCCUGUUGCGAAGCCAAAUCGAUCAGCACCUAUUACCGGAAAACAACCCGUAAAUAACUCUAGUAUAGCGAACAGAAAGCUACCCGAUAUUCCUCGUAUUAAAAAUCCAGAUGUUAUAUAUGCUCAAAUAAUUAAGACGCGUCCGAUAUCGAUCGACUGUUCGACUACCAGCGUAAGCAAACUAAUGGAAGAAUCUAGUACAUACAGAGGAAGAGUUGGUCGCUCCAAGACUUUGAAUCCAAGGUCGGUUUCUUCUCCGUAUCCUCCAAGAUCGCCCUGGGCAGAAGAUGAUUUAGCACUAAGUCAGAGUAUCCAGAGCAAAACACUAGAAAAUAAAUUAGCGCCUGGUGCUUCUCCUCUUACAGACAACCCUGAGAACUCAGCUACCACAGCUACUGCCAAAAAAAUAUCCUAUUCUUUGAAAGAUAUCGAUAGCAGUGGAUAUGCUAUAAUAAAAAAGAAGAUUUCGUCAUUAGUAACUAUGCCAGCAAAUAUCACCAAUGACGAUUUAGAGAAUAAUGUAGUAAAGGUAGAGGAUAUAGAAACUUUUGGAAUGGGUAGUAAGGAAGAAGAACCGUAUGAAGAUGUCGAUAAAUUACUAUCAAUUAAACAAAUAGAAGUGAUUCAGGACAAAUCAAAUGACGACAUUGCAUCUAAUUAA